CCCGACUGGUCGAAUUUCUUUUGUUUUUCCGAUGAGUAGCCACUCGCCGCGAUCUCUAUCAGACGGUACUUGGGCAGUUUUCUCUCCCUUGACCCCCUCCCCCUCCCUUUUUCUAAAGUCUUAAUGAUGGCGGAGGACAGCGAAUCCGCCGCCAGCCAGCAGAGCUUGGAGCUGGACGACCAGGAUACUUGCGGGAUAGACGGGGACAACGAGGAGGAGAACGAGAACGCACAAGGGAGUCCUGGCGGGGAUUUGGGGGCCAAGAGAAAGAAGAAGAAGCAGAAGAGGAAGAAAGAAAAGCCAAGCUCUGGAGGAGCCAAAUCAGACUCUGCCUCUGACUCUCAGGAGAUCAAGAAUCCUGGCUUGCCGAUCCAGAAGCUGCAGGACAUCCAAAGAGCUAUGGAGCUGCUGUCCUGUCAAGGCCCAGCUAAGAGCAUUGAUGAGGCAGCCAAACACAAAUAUCAGUUUUGGGACACACAGCCGGUGCCCAAGUUAAAUGAGGUGGUGACGAGUCACGGCCCGAUCGAAGCUGAGAAAGAAAAUAUCCGACAGGAGCCUUAUUCCUUACCUCAAGGCUUCAUGUGGGACACUCUAGAUCUCAGCAAUUCGGAUGUACUGAAGGAACUGUACACAUUGUUAAACGAGAACUAUGUGGAGGAUGACGAUAACAUGUUCAGAUUUGAUUAUUCGCCAAGCUUCCUCAAAUGGGCUUUACGUCCGCCUGGUUGGUUACCUCAGUGGCACUGCGGAGUGAGAGUCUCCUCAAACAAGAAGCUUGUCGGCUUCAUCAGUGCCAUUCCUGCAGACAUCCGUGUUUAUGACACGUUGAAGAGGAUGGUGGAAAUCAACUUCCUCUGUGUCCAUAAGAAGCUGCGUUCAAAGCGUGUGGCGCCAGUGCUCAUCAGAGAGAUCACACGGCGGGUCAACCUGGAAGGAAUAUUUCAGGCGGUGUACACAGCAGGCGUCGUGCUGCCUAAACCGGUUUCCACGUGCAGGUAUUGGCAUCGUUCUCUAAAUCCCAGAAAGCUUGUGGAAGUUAAGUUCUCUCACCUGAGCAGAAACAUGACCCUGCAAAGAACCAUGAAACUCUACAGACUGCCAGAUAGCACCAAGACAGCAGGGCUACGGCCGAUGGAGCGGCGCGACAUCCGGCAGGUGACCGAACUGCUGCAGAGGUUCUUGAGACGCUUCCAGCUGGCGCCGUCCAUGAGCGACGAGGAGGUGGCUCACUGGCUCCUUCCUCAGGAAAACAUCAUAGACACAUAUGUCAUCGAGGGUGCUGGUGGUGUCUUGACCGACUUUGCUAGUUUCUACACUCUACCCUCCACGGUGAUGCAUCACCCCCUGCAUCGGAGCUUGAAGGCUGCAUACUCCUUUUACAAUGUUCACACGCAAACACCGCUACUGGACUUAAUGAAUGACACCCUGAUCCUUGCCAAACUGAAAGGCUUUGAUGUGUUCAAUGCCUUGGAUCUAAUGGAGAAUAAAGUUUUUCUGGAAAAGCUCAAGUUUGGUAUAGGAGAUGGAAAUCUGCGGUAUUACCUCUACAACUGGAAAUGUCCCUCGAUGGACGCUGAUAAGGUUGGCCUGGUCCUACAGUAGCCCCCGUGCCUUGAAGGCUGCUACAGACACAUAUACACACACAAACACACUGAUACACGAUGAGGACACAAGGUCUGGCAAUUACGUACCUGCACACACAAGGUCGCCCAUGCCAGACUACGGUGAGAAAAACAACCUUUAUUCUGGGAAGAUGUUUAUUAUUAUUUUUCCACCACUGGCGCUUUUUUUCCAGCUCACUUGCAGGUAAAAAUCAAUUUUAAAAAGAUGCUCAACAUUUUGAAUAUGAACGUCAUGUUAUGCCUGAUACGUACGCCUACGUUUGAAACAAACCAGUUUGGCAUGCACAGAGAUCACCGGCAUGCCGUUGUUGUCAUAAACAGUAUGGAAAUCUGACAACUUUAUUAGUUGGCAACUUCUCUCUCUUUUCUUUAUUUUUUGGGGAAGUUAUGUUGUCCCUCUAUACUACUGCAUCUCACCAAUAGAGGGCUGUUCAUGCAAUAUAUAUCAUUCCAAUGCUGGGUACUUCAAUUAAUUUUGUUCUCUGUACAUACAGACUUGUACACUGUCACAUGGUCAUAAAACCAACUGGUGCAUUGACUUUUUUUUUAAAUAUUAAACAUUGAGUUACAUGUACAGCAUGAAGCCAUGCACUCGGUUUAGUUAUUUUUUAUUUUUAUUUUAAUGAAGAAUGUAUUACAUCAAUGAAGCACAACUUCUCAGUUUCAAAAAGGUCCUCACGGUGGCCAAUGUUUGGGGAAAAAAAUGCUGUGGUACUUCUCAGUGUGAAAGUGAGCUGCUACCAUGUUACAAUACGUAGUCAAUAGCCUUUAAAGCCAUGGGUAUUUUUGGGGGUUGAAAAUGUUCCAUGUCCCACUGUUCAUUGUUUCUGUACUUUUUGCAUAACUUGUUUUGCUGAGUGGUCAUGAUCAUGACGGGUGUUUGAUUCAUGAAUAAACCAUUACAUUUCCUGGUUCAGCCAGAACUGGUAUUUAAAAAAAAGGACCCUUACCUCGCCAUUGCAAGGCUUCAAACAGAAAGUGGCCGCAGAGAUUGGAAUGCCACCGAGUGCAACAGACGGUGAGAGACUGAAGGAAUCACAGAUGUGAUUGUCCUUGGAAAUAAAAAAAAAAACUUUGUGAAUUUUGCCACUGAGCACUUUGGUGUGCAAAAAAUACUCACCAGUUUAACAGUUGGGCAAGUAAAGGUUUAUAGGUCAUAUGAGGUUCACCGGGAAAGGUUAUCGUGGAUUUUAAGUUCAUCCUAACCUUUUGUGCGUAGUGUACAAUAAUGUCAUACAAUUUAGUAUGGCUCUCAGAGAACUUUAUUACAAACUCCACCUGAUUGAAAAUUGUGAACAUGACAUUGCGCAUACAUGUUUUCAAUCACAAAUCAGGGUUGACUCACGGUGGCAAUGAAAACAACACAAAUGAUCAGACGGCAGGCGUUGAGAGGCUAAUCAUCAACAAAACAGCAACUUCUCGUCUUCCUGUUGUAUUUGGGACAAUAGAGUCUUGCGGAGAAAUUAGCAUUUAGUUAAGUCAGAGAAUAAGCUGCUGGAAAGCAUUUUUUUUUGGUCAUUUCAUAUGCAAAAAUAUCCUGUUAAUCACCUUGUCCGAUUCAUUUUAGAGAGAAUUAUUUAGAUUGUAUCUGGGGGAAAGAGGCGACAUAUUUUUGCUAUUUUGGGGCUUUUUCACCGUUUUUGAUGUCUUCAUCCCUCCCCAUUUUAUUCACUUUGUACUCCUCCUGUGUCAGACAAAUCUACUGUAUUUUUUAGGUGUUGAGCAGCUAAAUGCAUGGAAAAUACUCCAUUUAUAAUUGAGUUUGUGACAGUUUUCCCUCUGUGUUAAAGUCUAAAUGGGCAACCAGAGAAGUGUGAUAUCAUUUGGUUUAUCUUGUUUAGGUUCAAGUGAGCCUCCGCUGUUGUUCCAUGGUCACAUUUGAGAUGUUCUACAUUGUCUUCUUUUUACAUGCUUUUCCUCUACCUUUUACAACAGAUGAAGAAAGCAGUCUGCUAUCAGAACAUUAUUUCUUUCGUUUAUAUGUUUGAAACCUUGAGUGAGUUGCAUUCGCCAAGACGGCUGAACUUCUGUUCAACGCAGACGGACGCUAGUUGUGUCUCCAAAAACGUGUGAAUGUUGCUGCAGUGACUGUAGGAUAUAUCGUUUUGCUACCUUUAGUGACAACUUUGGCCCUGUGAACCUGCCUUAUUUGGAAUAUUUUGUUAGUUUUUCCAGGAGUUUGACAUCAUGGGGUAAACAAUCCGCACAGCUUUACUGAAGAACAAUUUUUAAAAAUUCAAAUCCAUUACAAGCUGUGAAAAGGCUGACAGAACUUGUACCAGCAUCAUUGUAGACCACAUGACGCCAUGCAAUUAAUCUGUUUCAACAAACGCCGCCUAUGCCAGCAUGGAUAUUUGAAUAAAUUCACAUAACAAAAUCAACAA